AUGUCUGAAUCAAGGAUCUUAGCCUCAUCACCAAUGUUGCUGAUUCUUCUCAACCUUCUAAUAGCUUCCUUCUUCGACACUACAGCUGCACAAAUCGGAGUAUGCUACGGGAUGCUAGGCGAUCCUCGGCCAAAUCCAUCGGACGUUGUAGCUCUUUACAAGCAGCGGAACAUUCAGAGGAUGAGGCUUUACGAUCCUAACCAAGAGACUCUCACCGCUCUCCGCGGCUCCAACAUUGAGCUUAUCCUUGACGUUCCUAAACCAGACCUCGAACGUAUCGCCUCCAGCCAAACGGAGGCUGACACGUGGGUCCGCGACAACGUCAAGAGCUAUGAUGGCGUCAGAUUCCGGUACAUCACGGUUGGAAACGAGGUGAAACCCUCAGAGCCAGCUGGAAGGUUUCUGUUCCAGGCGAUGCAGAACAUCGAGAAAGCGGUUUCUGAAGCAGGCCUAGGGGUCAAGGUCUCGACAGCUAUAGACACCGGAGCUACCAUGGACACGUAUCCACCGUCGAACGGAAGAUUCAACGAUGAGUAUAGGAGCUUUCUCGAACCGGUUAUAGGUUUCUUGGUAAGCAAGCAAUCUCCUUUGCUUGUAAAUAUCUACCCUUACUUCAGCUACACGGGAGACAUGACCAACAUCCCUCUAGACUACGCUCUGUUCACCUCCAAAUCCCCUGUCACGGACAACCAGUACUCAUACAAUAACCUCUUCGACGCAAAUCUAGACUCGGUUUACGCGGCAUUGGAGAAAUCGGGUGGCGAAUCGUUGGAAAUCGUGGUGUCCGAGAGCGGUUGGCCCACGGAGGGAGGACCCGGGACGAGCGUGGAGAAUGCGAGGACUUAUGUUAACAAUUUGAUACAACAUGUGAAGAAUGGAUCUCCGAGAAGGCCAGGGAAAGCUAUAGAGACUUAUAUAUUCGCUAUGUUCGAUGAGAAUCAGAAGAGUCCUGAGUUUGAAAAGUUUUGGGGGAUGUUUCUUCCUAAUCAACAGCCUAAGUAUGAUGUUAAUUUCGACUAA